UUUUCUUAAAUUUAGCGGCUUCAUGAUCUUUGUAAACUGAAACUUAACUGUUGAGUCUCAAAAACACACAACUGAUUCGACUUCAAUAAGCUUUUUUUGAUUUAAAAAUGGUUUUACUGACCGAGCCCGAAGAGGAUUCAAUUCCAUCAUCAUCGUCAAAUACGACGCCGGAUAUUACCAAAAUCGCCGGAACAACCAUGGACGGAAAUGACACCGAUGGAUUUGAAACGGCGAGCGAGCGAGACGUCAGCGAUAAUGAAGAAGUUGUCACUAAAGAUCAACAACAUGACCAACAAGAAAAUGUAAGACCGGAGUCUGAUCAAAUCGAUGAGGAGUUGAAACAGAGAGAAGCGUUAGAAAAAGCUAAUGAAGCGAAGUUAGAAGGAAAUAAGCUGUUUAGUGAAGGGAAAUUUGAAGAGGCAUUGUUUAGCUAUGAACUUGCCUUGGAAGUUGCACCUGAGAAUGAGAUACCUUCCUCUGCGGAGUUGCGUUCUAAUUGUCAUUUGAAUCGCGGUGUUUGCUUCUUCAAAUUGGGAAAAUACGAGGACACAAUCAAGGAAUGCACUAAAGCUCUAGAAUUAAAUUCCUCCUACAUUAAAGCUUUGGUUAGAAGGGCGGACGCUCAUGAAAAGCUUGAACAUUUUGAGGAGGCUAUAGCUGAUAUGAAAAAAAUCUUAGAAUUGGAUCCUUCAAAUGACCAAGCUAAGAAAAUCAUCUAUCGUUUGGAGCCAUUGGCUGCAAUUAAGCGAGAAAAAAUGAAGGAAGAGAUGAUUGGAAAGUUAAAGGAGCUCGGAAACAAUGUUCUUGGUCGAUUUGGGAUGAGCGUGGACAACUUCAAAGCUGUUAAAGAUCCAAAUACUGGUUCCUAUUCUAUUUCUUUCCAAAAAUAGUCGUGUGAUAUAUUUAUCCUUGGAAGUAACAAUGUGAUCAGAUUGAAAGCUGUCCAAUAGAAUGAUAUUGUGCAUAAUUUCGCAAGUUUUUUGUUCUUUCAUGACAGUGUUACGCAGUUUGUAGUGUUCGUAUUAGUCAUUUAAUCUUAAUCGAUCUACUCAUUUGGUUAAAGAAUUGGCUGCAAUGCUCUGUACGGCUCAACUUUUGAUCUUUUAUUUAAUAUUCCAAUUUGUGUU